AAAGAGUGAUUAUACACCUGAGUUGGAAGAACAGUGGGAAAAUGCAAUGCAUUUGUCUUAGCAUGGAUUAUGAAUACAGUUUCGAAAGAGUUGUUAAGUGGAAUUGUAUAUGCUUCAGAUGCUGCGAUGGUGUGGGAGGAUCUGAAGGAACGAUUUGAUAAGGUGGAUGGUUCUAGAGUGUACCAACUUCACAGGGACAUAUGUACAAUUCAUCAAGGUAACCUAACUGUUUCAGCUUAUUUUACCAAGUUAAGGUUGCUUUGGGAUGAAUUUGAUGCACUUGUUCCACCUCCUUCAUGUAAUUGUGAUAGAUCUAGAAUAUAUGUGGAUCAUAUGCAUUAUCUGCGAUUGUUUGCAUUUCUAAUGGGGUUAAGUGAGAUCUAUGGCCCUGCACGAAGCCAGAUAUUAAUGAUGAAUCCUUUGCCAACUGUUGGCAAAGCAUAUGCCAUGAUAGUUUCAGAUGAAAAUCAAAGAAUCACUUCUGGCUUGCGAAAUGGAGGAGAUGUAAUUGAGGCCACAACAUUAUAUGCAAACAGAAGUGGUUAUGGUUAUAGAAACACAGAUCGUGGUGAUGGAGACAAAGGUGAAUAUAAUAGAAGUGGUUAUGGUUAUAGAAACACAGGUCGUGGUGAUGGAGAUAAAGGUUACAACAGUAAGAAGAAGGUAAAUUGGAACCUAUUUUGUGAACACUGCAAGUUGCAUGGACACACUAAAAAUAUUUGUUAUAAGUUGGUAGGAUAUCCUGAAGAUUGGAAGUUCAAAAAGAAAUCAGAUACUGGAAUGACUGUAAACAAAGGAAAAGGCAUAGCAAAUAAUGUACAAGUUGAUAGAAAUGGUGAGGAAGAUGUGUUUGGAGUAGUCAAUGAAGGAGAUAAAAAUGAACAAGGAUCACAUGAUCUCAAUUCUGUUCGAACAAAUUUACAAGCACUGGCAAUGAAAUCGACAUACACUCCUGACCAAUAUCGAAAGAUAAUGAAGCUAUUGAAUGAAGAAAAGCAGGCUGAGGUCAACAUGGCAGGACCUCUUCAAUGGAGAGGUGAAGGGGAUUGGUAAAGAAAAUGAUGGGUUGUAUUACUUUCCUAGAAAUCUGUCAGAAGAAAAGGCAGUUGCUGCAAAUGUUGAUGACAGAAGCUCCAUGAACAAGGCAAAUUCACAGUUUAUGAUAUGGCAUUACAGAAUGGGACAUCCUUCAUAUAGAGUCUUAAAGCAAUUGUAUCAAAGUGUUCCUGUAGGAGUAUGUGAUGAUUGUCCUAUAUGUCCAUUAGCCAAACAGACCAGGCUUUCAUUUCCUAUGAGCAACUCUAGAACUAAUGAUGUUUUUGAUCUCAUUCAUCUUGAUGUAUGGGGACCAUAUAGACAUACUACUCAUAAUGGUUUUAGAUUUUUUUUGACUGUUGUGGAUGAUAAUUCAAGGGUGACUUGGUUGUUCUUACUGAGACAUAAAAGUGAUGUUCUUGCUACCUUGAAGUCCUUUUUUGUGUUAGUUAAAAAUCAGUUUAAUAAGCAAAUCAAAAGAGUAAGAUCAGACAAUGGUACAGAGUUCUUUAACAAUGAAUGUAAAACAUUGUUUACUUCUUUGGGAAUUGUUCAUGAAAGUAGUUGUCCACACACUCCACAACAAAAUGGAGUGGUGGAAAGGAAGCAUAGACACAUUCUUGGAGUGGCAAGGGCUCUUAGAUUUCAAGGGUCCAUUCCUAUUAAAUUUUGGGGUGAAUGUGUGUUAGCUGCUGUAUAUUUGAUCAACAGAAUGCCCACAAGUGUAUUACAGGGAAGGUCACCAUAUGAAGUCUUUCACAAGACUAAACCACAAUUAGAUCAUCUAAGAACAAUUGGAUGCUUAUGUUAUGCAACUAAAUCUGUUAAGGAAGAUAAGUUUUCUUCCAGAGUUGAUCAAUGUGUUAUGAUGGGGUACUCUCUAACUCAAAAGGGAUAUAUGCUAUACAACCUGGCUCUAAGAAAGUUUAUUGUGAACAGAGAUGUUGUGUUCAAAGAACACAUAUUUCCAUUCAGUCAGCUGAAGGAUGAGCAUGUGAGAGUGUUCAUUGAGCAGCCAUUUUGUGAUUAUGACAUUGCUGAAGUUCAUACACCAUUAGAUGUUGAGACUUUAGAUGAACAUGCUGAACAAACACUUGUUCCUACUGAGCAUGUUUCUGAGGACAUUACUGAAGAGCAUGGUGAUAACAAUGUGGUUGAUGUGCCUGGUCCUGUGCCCAGAGUUUCUUCAAGAAUGUCUCAUCCAC